AUGAAUAUGAAUGACACCACUGAUAGUCGUACAAUGUCUUCUGUUUACCCAGUUUCAAAUUCCGAAAGAAAAUCAACCGUGCUACAAGAAACACCACACAAUAUAAUGAAUAGAUCACCAAGAGGAGACAAGAAGUUUGUCGGUGGUGGUGAACAAGAGAGUCGAAAAAGAGCAGCUGUAAGUCCUAUAAAGUCAAUAAAUGAACCAGUACGUCGAAAGUUAGAUAAAGAUGUUGGCAUAGAUUGGAAUGAUCAAGAACCUGCCAUGGUUGCUGAUGUUGCUGCUGAAUUGGAUUAUCAAAAUUGGUUAUUGGAAAGACGUUUAGAACAAACUAAAGAAAUAAGUGAAUUUCUAAUGAUGGAACGACAAUUCUCUAAACUAGAUUAG